UAUUAGUUUGGAUCCAAACCGGCUGUGACAGUAAAUACGAUUAUCGACCGUCCUUAGUCGGUUGUUUGUCAAACAGCUGAUCGUAAAUUGUUAUUGCUGCACUGUUUUAUUUAAUUUUAAUGUCGUUAAAAUUAGUUUAAGUGUAAAAACGUAUUUGUUGGUGUAAGUGUAGGUGUUAGAGAUCAAAUUGCAACAAUGGAAACCGGCGUAAAGCAAGAACGUUUUGAUGAAACCGAAAUUCAGAACCUCGCCGAUAAAAUGAUGGAAGCGAAUAAAGUGAGAAUGUCGACUCCCGCUCCUUUAAGUCAAGUGCAGACGAUACAACAUAACGGUACAAUAUUCAAUUUCCUAACACCGAGUAAAGAUAUUACGGUAACUAAAAUAAUUAAAUCAAAUAAUGUAACGAAUCUGAAAGACGACGAAUCUUUACGUGGUCAUUUCGGGUGGACUACUGUGAAUAAAGCUCUGAUACCUUAUAUAAUAAGAGAGGGGCAAAAACUGUGUUCGGUUCGUGUUGUGGAGAUGAAAGUGUUAAACAAAUUUUUACAUUGUUUUAAUCAAGAGAUUUAUAAGUGCGCCUGCGUUAAAAGUUUCUACGUUACUGAAGCUGAACUUCGUUUAUUGAACGAAAUAAACGUUCAACAUUGUGACUUACAAUUUGGUGAUCAAUUCACCCCGUUAGAUUUAGUCGUGCGACUUGAUGAUGUUAUAGAACUCCAUAACUUCUUAGAAACGUGUUAUUCCAAGCUUUUAAUGAAAAAUAAGGGUAUAACCGACAGGUGCGGUUUUGUGCGCAUCAACAAGGAGUCGGUUGUACCUUACAGCGUUAGCGCGGGCGAAAAGUACGUACCGCAAUUUUAUUUCGAAGACGAGAGUGACAGCUUGAAGUUAAACAUUGACCAAUUAGAAGGGUGGGAUUUGGCGUACCUCAAGUUUUGUUGCAAACUUCAAGGGAUUAGAGAAGAACUUUUCUCUAAGGAUGCGUGCGCGGUCAUUAGUUUAAAUAAUAUCAAAUCGUACUUCCCUCCCGGUACGUCGUUUGAGGACUGCUGGCCCAGCAAAAUUGUUGGCUCGCAGCUACUCUCGAAGGGAAAAACGCAAAUGGUACAAGUUGGACAGUGGACCAAUCGACCUAUUGAACCUCCCAUACAAAUUCACCCAUCCAAUUACGGCCCUCGUGCAAUUCGUCCCGCUAACAUCCUACCCAACGUACAAAUUCUCCACACACCUCGCGGCGGCGGCCGAAGACGUCAAGUGCCCAUGGCGAUACAACCGAACAUUAUCAGAGCUGCAAUGGGCCCAAUCUUCCCAACGGCCACAAUAAUGAAUCCCCAAUUUCGACCGAUAACGUAUGGGAACAUUGCACAACUGCCACCACCGAGAAAUAGUUCAAAUAUUACUGGAUAUGGUUGAAUUGUUCCGAAUACGUUGAUUUCUUAUUUAUAACAGAAUUUUAAAGCAGAUCGCACGAAAGAUUUCGAAUCUUCGUGUCCAAGGAAGGUAACACGCUAUAGUCCUGUUGUCACCGGGGCUUCGUGUUCACAUUCAAUCAUUUCAUUUUGACUUACUUGUUUUGUAAAUAAAUUAUUACACAUCAAUGUGUGUACGUGUGUAUUAAAUCUAUUUAUUUUUCAUUAUUAUUAUUAUUAUUAAUUUAUUACUUUUAGCCAAUACAGUUGUUUUACUUGAUUUGAUACGUAGGUAUAGGUUUGUUUGCCGUAGAUAUAAAUGUAAAAUCGAGUGUAAAAUGUAGCAAUGAGAAUAGAUUUUGUAAAAAUCA